CUGGUUGGUCUUUUAUCGACACAGUUUGUAUUUGGAGACGCACACCUAAGUUCUACCAGUAAUCUCGUCACACCGAACCACAGAACUGCACACGAGAACGCACUUCCUCAUCACAAAUCCCUCACUGAAAUAUAUAAAAGGAAACACAACGUCAAUUCUGGCCUAAAUUUACAUCCAACGGUAACCAAGUCAGUUAAAUCAACAAACGCUGAGUCGACCAAGGCUGAGGAUGUGAACGACUUUCUGGUCUACUAUCCUGAAAAAGUAAAUCACGAGGAAGAAAAGAAGGAAAAGUCGGAUCUGGAACAAAGGCAACUACCACUGAUACUGGGCAGUAUUGGAGCAGGUGUGUACCCAGAGUCGAAAGAUUCGUUGAUGUCGCUUAAAGAAGCACUCGGAAGCGCCCUGAGCGGCAUUUCGAGGUAUUUCAGAGAGGUUACGACCAGGAACCUGAACAACUUCUUCGACGCAGUGGAUAACUACGCCAAAAACAACAACGGCGGAGCCAUUUUUGAUAUCAAUGAAUACCCAUUCUAA